AAAGCUUACUAGUAAAGUCGCUAAAAAUUUUACCUAUAAAAGACUUUCCCAGGCCAAGCUUAGUCUAGUUGCCAGCCAUGUUUCGGCUUGUCUUUUCUCUGCUACUAGUGGCUCUUCCACAGUUAAUCUUGGGUGAUCCGCACUUUCAAGACCGCAUCAUUGGUGGCCAUUAUGUGAACAUUGAAGAUGCCCCUUACCAGGCGGAGGUAAUCGUGGACAACAAGGCAACUUGCAGUGGAGCCAUCAUCAGCUCAGACACCAUCAUCACGGCAGCUUCGUGUGUUUCCACAUAUAGCAGAGCCGUUGAGGUUCGCGUGGGAACAAAUUCCAGGGAUUAUGACGGCACAGGAGUUGUUCUUCCACUCUGCGAUAUCAUCAGUCAUCCGAGGUAUGACUUCUGGCGCUUCGACAACAAUCUGGCCCUGCUAAAGUUGUGCGAUCCUCUCCAGACUUCAAGUACCAUCAAGCCCAUCAUCUUGGCUGACAGUGUACCAGAGGAUAAUACCUGGUUACAAGUUUCCGGCUGGGGAUCCACCAGCUGGUUCGGCAGCUUCUUUGACAGAACUUUUUUCAGUCUGCCGGACCACCUGCAGAUGGUAUGGGUGAGCGUCUACAACCGGCAACAGUGCGCUGAGGAUCGGUCUUAUUGGCUUGGAUUCUGGGAUAAUGGCAUCUCGCAUCUCACCCUCUGCACCCAGUACGGCGCUGGAGGAUGUUCCUAUGACACCGGGGCUCCCUUGGUGAAAGACGGUAAACUCGUUGGCAUUCUAUCCGAAGGAGGUUGUGGCAAAAAACUAGAUGUCUACGCAAGUGUGGUUUGGUUUAAGAGUUGGAUUAACGAUAAUGGUGGUGUCAGUAGCGCGACAACUAGUUCUAGUUCGAGUUCGACUGCUACAAGUUCUAGUAGUACUACACCUACUUCUAGUUCUACAACUUUAAGUCCCACACCUACAACCACUCCUAGUACUACGAGCCUAGCUACUACUGAUAGUCCUAGCUCUACAACGCUAGGAUCCACAAAAGGUUCUAGUACGACCACUCUACCUACUACAGAUAGUCCAAGCUCAACGACAUUAAGUACUAGUUCUAGUUCCACAACCCUAGGAUCUACAGAAAGUUCUAGUACUACAACUCUAGGUACUACAGCUAGUUCUACCACAUUGAGAACUACAGAUAGUCCUAGUUCUACAACCCUAAUUACUACAGUUAGUACUAGCUCUACACCUUUAUCUACUACAGGUAGUCUAAGUACUACAACUUCCAGUUCUUCUCCUACAAGUAGUCUAAGUACUACAGUUAGUAGUAGCCCUACAACUUUAUCUACUACAAAAGAUCCAUUUACUACAACGUCCAGUUCUUCUUCUGAAAGUAGUCCAGAUUCUUAAGCCUUAGGUUCCACAGAUAUUGCGAAUGAAGGUUCACUUUCAUAUAUAAAAGCAGCAUCACUGUUCAUGGGCUCUCCUGAUCCAUAUAAACUAGAUAGUUUAACGGAAGAAUAAAUACGCAUAAUGGUUUAUCUUAUAAUUUAUUUAAUAUCUUUCUAAUUUUCUAUUAUUAAAAUGGGUAGCUGAUCUGUGUAACCAUAUCCAUGCUAAAUACAAUAAUAAAUACUUAACUUUAA